GUCUUCUCUCUUCUUCUCCAUCGACACCAUUGAUAAUGCCCCCAGGUCUUUAAAACAUAGGCCCGACACGGCUCGCUUUACAAAGCUGGUUUUAUUCUUCUUUUCCUACCUACAAAUUAUUUACAUGGUAAGGCUCUGGCGACGUCGAAACUACCAACGUAUGAAUCCCUAGUAGCAGAUGGCCGUCCUCAUCCAUACCAAGCCACUAUUAUCACCGCGCCUGACGGGCAGACGAUCGUUCAGCGGCGCCCCGUAUCGGCAUCCAGCGUCAUGGAGCCGCCGAUAUCCGCAAUCGUGUCUCGUCGAGGCAACGACUAAGCCCUUCGUUACUAUCCGCGAUUUUGUCAAGACCGCCCAUCCGUGGUUGAUUGCCCUCGAAGGCGCCGUCCGCAGGGCCAAGGAUAUUAUCCGGGCGAGUCCCGUGCCCGUGACUGCUGAAAUGUGUGUGAAUGGCAUUAGUCCAAACCCGUUUAUGGCCUCGACUUCGUAUGGGCCUUCGGCACGGAUAGCUGAGGAGUGGAGAGGGCUUGCGAUGUCAGUUACUAUGAUGAUCCGGAAGAGACAAGUUGAAGAUGCUGGUUUGACACAGACAUAACUGCAAUAUUCGUUUUUCCUCCUACUCUAAACAGUAAGGGGCGCACGUAUGCUUCUUCCUGCUCCUCCCUCCUCUUCUUGACAUUUCUACUAUUAGACUUACGCGAAUAAUAUGUCUACAGAUC